UACUCUGGCGCCAUGGCCGCUGAGGUGGUGGUUGUGGGAUCCUGUAUGACCGACCUGGUCAGCUUUACCACACGAUUGCCAAGAGCUGGAGAAACUGUCCUUGGACAUAAGUUUUUUGUUGGUUUUGGAGGGAAAGGAGCCAACCAGUGCGUCCAGUCUGCUCGACUUGGGGCCCAAACCUCGCUCAUCUGCAAGGUUGGGAAGGAUUCCUUUGGCAAUGAUUAUAUUGAAAAUUUGAAGAAGAAUGGUAUUUCUACAGCCUUUGUAGGUCAGACUGCAGAUGCUGCUACUGGAACUGCUUCAAUAAUUGUCAACAGUGAAGGACAGAAUGUUAUUGUAAUAGUACCAGGAGCCAACCUGCUUUUAAAUUUUGAAGACCUGAAGAGGGCUUCUGAUGUCAUCUCGAAGGCCAGAGUGGUUGUUUGCCAGCUAGAAAUAAGCCCUGCUGUUUCUCUUGAAGCUCUGAAAAUGGCACGUGCCAGUGGAGUAAAGACUUUAUUUAAUCCAGCUCCAGCCCUUGCUGACCUAGAUCCACAAUUUUAUACUCAUCCUGAUAUCUUCUGCUGCAAUGAAACUGAGGCAGAAAUUUUAACGGGCAUCCCAGUUGGCAACCUUGAAGAUGCUGGAAAGGUGGGACACAUGCUGUUAGAAAGAGGGUGUAAGCUGGUAAUUGUUACUCUUGGAGAAGAAGGCUGCAUGAUGAUAUCUGCAGAAGAACCCAUUCCAAAGCACGUUCCUGCUGGGAAGGUCAGGGCUGUGGACACUACGGGAGCUGGAGACAGUUUUGUGGGAGCACUGGCCUUCUACCUGGCUUACUAUCCCCAGUUACCCAUGGAGGAAAUGAUCAGGAAAUCCAACUGUGUUGCAUCAGUGAGCGUCCAGGCAUCAGGGACACAAUCUUCAUAUCCUUACAGGAAGGACUUGCCACAGGACCUUUUCUAAUUGACAUUGUCUAGCUCAGUGUACUGAUUUUAUCUUUUCCCAGAUAGCAUUAUUCUCCUGACUGCACUGAGGUUCUCUGCUAACUGGAAACACCAGGAAAGUCUCUGCUUCUUAUUUGAGGAAUCCUGUUAAUUCCUGUUCUACAACAGUAAGACAAGAUGGGGGUGGUGGGUCUUAUGAACACAGCACGGCAGGUCUCUCUGGUCCCAGGCACAACUACUGGGCUUGUGGCCAUCCCACACAAUGUGCUAUACUGUACUGUACUGCACAAAAUUUACAGCAAAAUGUCUGGAGGAUACAGGCCUUCUGGUGGUAAUUUUUACCAGAACUGCUGAUGUGUGAUGCCAGCAUGUGAAGCAGAAUGUGAGCUUUGAAACUGCAACUUCAGGCCGCAGCUGCAGACACCAGAGCCAGCAUUUGGCUGGUAACGAAGCACUGAACAUCAAGCCCUGGCCCAUCUCUUCCCACAUGCCUGAGAUGGGGGCUGCCACCUUGCACUCUGGUUCUGCCAGGCUAUGGAACAUCCCUCAAACUGGAAAAGGGAUGAGACUGCUGCUGAAGCAGACUUUGGAAAACGUCUCUAGCCGUAUUGCUUUAAACAUAGGUGGGCUAGUUAAAGAAUAACUUCCAAAACCAUCAGUGAACUACUGUGGCUGCUUUCUUUAUGCCUGACAAAAAACAAGGAGAGAAGAAUCCAUUCUGCUUGCCUUACUGGAAAUAAUUCAGCCAUUUUAGCAGCGGUCAUAGCUUAUCCAAAAGCUCAUCUUAUUUCACCAGCUGCCCACUGGUGUUCUUCCUUUCCUAGGAAGGAGCCAGUGCAACGCUACCCCUCCAAGGAAUGACACCAAGUCGCGGUCACUACUGUUGAAUCUGUGGCUGGUAGGUUAGAAAAACUUGCAAUCCUGCCAUUGAAUUCCUGCUGUGGAAAAUGUUAAUUUUUAUUGCCUUAUAAAACAAUAGCUCCUUUGAAGAUUACAGCCUGUUUCACAAUGGAAAACACAGACAAUGGGAUUUGCUAUUUAAUUUUUUUAAUUGAGUACUGUAAAAAUAACUCAAAAGAUAAAUAAAUGUUACUGUGAUGAUCUA